AUGGAACAGCACGUGGAACAUUUCCAACGCUACGCGCCUCGCAGCGACCGCUUCCGCACCACUGUGAACAUCUACAGCGACUCGGUGGGCUCGGCCAUCGUGCAGCAGUUCAGCCCUCUCGAGAUCCUCGAGGACAGCGGUGAGGAGACUUCGGUCUUCCAGCCGCAAGCCGUACCGAAACCCGUGCCGCCGCCGCAGCCGAAGCCAGAGCCGGAGGCGACCGGCUCGGGGUCUCAGCCCGAGGGCGAGCCGAACCGAGAGACCGCGGAAGCGCCGAAGCUGCCGAGUUCCUGGCUGAAGCGGAGGCUGUCGAGAUUCGCCGUCUUCCCUGGACAUCGAGCGGCAACUUCUGCCGGCGGCGCGCGGCGGACGCCUUCCACGAGCAGCGCCUCUUCCCGCGGAUCGGUGUUGCACGGAGUGCUUCCUGUGAGCGAUGGUUCGACCGACGCCGGCGCGCCUCAUUUGGCCAGCGCUGCCGAGAUCGACGUCACGACGUCGCACGGGAACGACGCCGAAUCGGACGGUGAAGCCAGUCCACUUCCCCAAGGCAUCGCGGUUCUGGGCGGCUGGCCGACGGCCGGAUUUCGCGCGUUCAAGGCAAGUGGCGCACCGCCGUCGUCCACGGCCCUAACGCAGGACGGGCACGACGAUCAGCAGGCGGAGAUGGCACCAAUCACGUACGCUGCCGCAGCAGACGGAACAGGCGCCGUAGGAGACGUGGGCUCCGGACGCAGUCGACGUCACCGACGCCAAAGGAGAACCAAAGAGGCCAAGAACGACAAGACCUUCAGGAAGAGCUCUAAGGCCGGCGCAAGCUCUCCGCGUCGACGUCGCUCCAAGAAGAACAGGACGAAGGCGUCGUUGACGCCCGCCAUGCCAGACGCUGUGAGCGCAGUUCCAGACGAGGCCCUGCUUGCCUCAAUGGACGCCGAGCAUGCGGCGCGCGAUCUCGGAGGCCAAGCAUCGUCGGCGCGACGGUCUUCGACCGGCGCCGCCGCAAGGCCUGUUGAGAGAGCGACCGCAGAGUUCAUGCAUAUUGCCGGGAAUUGGAGCGACUGACAAACUACUGCACUUAUGGUGUUUUUUCUUUGUUCGUAAUGUUUUACACCAUGGGACGAAGUGCUUCGGUGUAGGAGGCUUCUGUGGUCACUGCCGGGCACACUCUGUGGUUGGUGGAAAGAUAGCACUUGCAGAUUUUAAGCGUGGCGUUUAAGCGAGAAAGACUAGAGUAUGAAACCGUCCGCUCCUGUGUACCAGCUUCCGAGCGUUAUUUUUAUGUAAGUUUAUGUGCUUAUGUACUUUUUGUAAAUUAUGUACUUUAUGUAAAUUUAUGCACUUAUUGUAAAUAAUUAAGUGCUUAACGAUGAUGCACAAAAAGUUAGUAGCGAGAUUAUUUGUACUUCACAUUUAUAUUAGCUAUUUACGAUCGUUCCGACUAAAUCUUUUUCACCGUCCAAUGCCUAAA